AUGUUCAUCCUUUUAUCUCGCUGUCCUCGUUCUCCCCUCAUCGGUACACUCUCGACAGAGUCUGAACGUUAUGAUCAAUUGCUCGCGUGCCUCAACACGUCAAGAAGCAGUACGAACACUUUGCCUAAGUUAGAUCAGGCUGUAAGUGAUACCCUGGAGGAACAAGCGAGAACAAACCAAGAGAUUUCAACACUGGAGAUGCGAAUCGUGAACCUAACUGAAGAUAAUAAGCGUUUAAAGGAGGAGCUUACCGCAACACGAAGGUCCCUUCUUGACUUUGGCGAACUGAAGUCCCUUGUGGCUUCAGUUGACAGGCGCACCGAGGAUGAAGUCCGCUUCUUACGGGUCAAACUCAAUGUGGCAGUCGAGGAGGCCCGCACAAAAACUGAUGAGUUGAGCCAAGUGCGUCUGCAGCUGGAACGACUUCGUGGAAUUAAUGCCAAACUGGUGGCCGAACGCGACGUGGCUCUGGAGCGUAGCGCCAAGGCCGAGGAGCUAGCAGCAACACAGGCGGAUGAAGCGGAG